AUGCAGGCGUACGAGGGCAGCGCGGCCGGACGCCGGGCCUUCGACAGCAUCUGUCCCAACCGGAUGCUGGACCUGCCGCAGCGGCUCCUCGUCAAGCCCGGGAAGCCGGAGAGGAAGCUCGUUCCUCCAUGGAAGUCCUUCUCGGGAUGCGGCGGCUGCAGCCAAGUGUCGGUGUACGAGGACCCCCCUGAAGCCGAGCCCGCUGCGCUGCCAGCCCUCACCACCAUAGACCUGCAGGACCUCGCAGACUGCACCUCGCUGCUCGGCUCUGAAGCGCCUCCUGCUGGUGAUUCUUCCGCCGCGCAGGGCCCCUCCUUGCACACUGAAGAUUUCAGCUUGCAGAAUUUCAGAGACGUGGUGGAUGACCUCAUCGCAGAUUCGUCCUCUUUGAUGUCGCCUCCCCUGACAGAAGGUGACUUUCCCUUCUCCCCUUGUGAUGUGUCAUCUUUUCGGUCCUGCCUCUCCCCAUCGAUGGACCCACCUGCCUUGGGGUCUCCGCCGCUGCCCCAACCCCCACCACCUUGCUCUUCAGACUUGCCUCCACCACCAACCGAGGAGUACUGGAAGGAGGUGGCCGACCAGAACCAGAGGGCCCUGGGGACUGCUCUCAUAGAGAAUAACCAACUGCACGUUACGCUGACGCAGAAGCAGGAGGAGAUCGCCUCGCUCCGGGAGAGGAACGUGCAGCUGAAAGAGCUAGCCAGCCGGACCCGGCACCUGGCCUCGGUGCUGGACAAGCUUAUGAUCACGCAAUCCCCGGCCGAGCCCUUCCAGGUCAAGGCGACGACGAAGAGGAGCCUGGAGGAGCUGCUCUGUGCAGCGGGACAAGUAGGGCAGGGUGACGCGGAAGUGGGCGCCAUCCUUAGGGACAUCUCCCAGCGUUGCGACGAGGCCCUGCAGACCCGCGACCCCAAGCGGCCCCGGCUGCAGCAGGAGCCCGGCAGCAAGGACUGCAGCUCCAGCAGUCUCCACGGCGCCUUCCGAGGGCUGCGCACCGGCUGCAGCGCCGGCUCGGUGAACCUGAGCCGCAGCGAGCUGGAGGAAGGCGGCUCCUUCAGCACGCCCAUCCGCAGCCACAGCACCAUCCGCACUCUGGCCUUCCCCCAGGGCAAAGCCUUCACCAUCCGGACCGCCACGGGUGGUUACAAAUUCCGCUGGGUCCCCAGCUGA